GCAUGGAGACAGUCUCAUCCGAGUAGACCCGGUAGACCAGUGGACUACUCCCAGGUCGGUGCAUCCUCAGCCCCUCUCCAGACUGUUUUCACCUGAGGAUGUUAUGUCAACAGCCAUGGUGUCUCUGCUGUUUGUGUGGUGACAAGGUAGCCAGCGUGGGUUAAACACCUCAUGUGGCAGAGGAGAGGCCCAGCCCUCAGCCUUGCUGUCAAGAGAGGUUCCUCCCUUUUCCACAUUGCACAGGGACUCUGGCCCUGCAGCUGUUCAUUCUUGGGAUUCACUGGAUCUUUCUACCCAAUGUCCUUUAACAGCAGAACAGCAAGGAGAGAUGGAGACUGUGUUGUCACUUUAUUUACUUUGAGGACUUUUCUGGAAAUAUUUCCAGCUGCUGCUAUUCACCCAGCCAGGCAUGGCCUCCCCACCUUUGCAAGGCUCAGAACCCAUCCUGUCUUGGGUCUGUGUUCCCACUCCCCAGCCCCUUCUCUCCUUCCAUUGCCUGGUGGCUCUCCCAGCGUGGACCACCAUCCCUUUUCCCUGGGUUUUUCAUGUUCUGUCCCCUUCUCCCAGGUUUUCCUCUGUCCCCCUUGAUUACCCCUCUGUCCCUGUCCUUGUUUUCCAUUUUCUCUGCUUAGAACCAGGAAGGGAGGAAGCUGGUCUGUUGCAUGGUAGGAGGAGGAGCCUUUUCUUAUUUUUCCCCAGCCACCCCCAACCCCCUUUCCUAACCAAAAGCACUGAGGUUUGGAGGUGACAUUGAAAGGGCCUGUGCUGUUUCAGUCACACUCCUAUAGUUUCUCAAGGGUCUCCUUACUGCCUGGUGCCUGGGCCCCAGGACCUCCCUGCAGUCCCCCUCCCCACAUCCCGGGCACUCUGUCCAACAUGGACUCCAGCCAGCUCACUGGCCACGGCAGGGUGACCAAUCAGAGAAGUUACACUGGGUCAGCCUUCAACCCCAGGACAGAACACUCGAGUUCCCUGGGCACAGGCCAAGACUAGGACUGCAGCUGCCUCUCUUGGCGCAGAGCAGCCACAGUGCUGCCUCCGUGGGGCCUCCUGUGUCCAGGCGAGCAGCAAAGAAUGGAAAAAUCCCUGGCCUAACAGAAAAUGUCUAAAUGACUGGGCUGUGUUCCUCCUACCUCACCCCCCCAGGACACACUCACACGGCCCUGCCUGGGGGGUUACAAAUCUGAACCCCAUUCAUUGCAGGCACACCAUGGAGCUCACCCAGGCUCCCACCGGGCUUCUGACCAAGUCCUCAUGUCCCUCUGGCCAGUGCUGUGAUCACACUCUGCAGACAACAGUCCUCUGGCUUGGCCCCAGCCUUCAGCAGGUCACACGCCCCUGUGGGUGAGGAAGCAGGAGCCAGUCCCCAGGAUGGCUGUGAAAACUCCAUUCCUUCCAGACUGGAGCUUGGGAGCCAUGGUGAGGGAAGGCUGAAGGCAGGAGAUGGCGGUGUCCCUGCAUCCCUCCUCCACAGAGGGGGAAGAACUCCAGAUGGGGGAGAAAGGGGCUGAUAGGAACAGCCCAGCCUUAGGACCCCAUUCUCCUUGUAGGCUCCUCUCGCUGGUAACAAGAUUCUUCCACAGGGAUUUAGAAUGUGGAGAUCCCAUCCUGCCGCUACCCUGCACCCAGCAGAGGGAUGCACAGGUAGACCCCUCAGGUUGGGAGAGGUGUUCUCACCCAGCGGGGUUGAGGUUCUGCCACUUCCUGUCCCUGGGGAGCAAGUGGAGUUACCAGGGCAACAGGCUAACAAGAUCUUGUCUGGGGAGGGCCAAGGGCAAUGUUGUUGCUAAGGCAACUGAUUAGGCCAGUUGUUUGGCUCCAGGCUUUUCCUGGUAGCCAGCAGGCUAAAUCACCUGGCACUGAUUACCACCCCACACCAUCACCGUUGCCCAGAACCCAGGUACUCAAAUCCCUGCUGCUUUCUGCUCUAUCUGUACCCAGCACUUAGGGGUUCAGUGACACACGGUGGUCUGGAGCUGGUCUCUGUGACAGCAGCUGUGAGUUCACAAGGACUGGGGUGCUUCACGGUGGCCUGGUUGAUGCGGAGUGGAAGGAGUAGGGAUGAAGAGGCCCUCUGUGGAGAGCUUGAAAUCAAGCCUGGAGAGUAAGGCUCCACGCCAGGAGCACAGCAAGUCCGUAGGCCCUAUGGGUGCCCUGUUCCUCAAAGCAGCACUGGGAGGGGGAGGGACCUGCAGAUCUCUUUUGUGUCCUUGCUACUUUGCACCUGGUACAUGUGUCAAGGCCACACUGGAGACAAUGGCUUUGAGCACAAUUCUGUUUGGGGGGCCACUUAUGGAGCCAUCACAUACCUGCCUCUCCCUGACCAAUACCCACCAAAAGUAGUGGCUGCCACUGGCCCCAGUGCUCACAUGCUCUCUGCACCUCUCCUGCACUUGGGGGGCGGGGGGGAGGUAUGGCUGAGCCAGAGGCUCAGGGGGGACCUGGGCACCACCUGCCUCUAGCCAGAUGCCCAUCCUCAUGAUGACGGUUGGCUCCCUGCAUUUCACCCUCAACAUGAUGGUGAAAAGAUAUUUGAGGAUCCUAGCUUCCACACAGUGCACCAUUGGCUUCUCCAGCAUUCCAGAAGAAUCUGGGGAGUGGAGAAGCAUGGGUGGGAAGACCUGCCCUCCCAGCUCAGGCUGUCAUGUCCUAUCGACUAGUCUGAGAAAAUGAACAGGCUUCCCUUGCUUCAGUGUUCUUGCUAUAUCUUCUUCCCUACCUAAUAGCCCUCCUCCCCAUAUGCCAUCUACCCCCCCCAUAUGACAUCUUUAAUAGGGUUAAGACUCAGUUGCCCACAUCCCCUCCUCGACCCUUGGCUCCCCCCACCCUACCCCCACCCUUAGCUAUCUUACUUGCCAUGAGAAUGAUAGCACAAAGUCCUCAAAGGCUCCCACCCACGUGUCAUCUCCUGGUGGUGUGUCUUCUACAGUGUGUGGUGACCAGCGCCAUCACCCCAGCAGGAGUCAUGAUCCUUGAAAGGGUCAGAAGUGGGAUGUAAAAUGUCUGAACCCCAACUCCAUCUCAAAUCUCUUAGGAUGGGGUUCCCCCACCAGAGAGUCUGCACCUCUGAUCAAAGCCUUCAGCUGGCCCAUGGUAGCAUUUUGGGACAGUGGUGGUGAGAAGGGGCUGAGGGCAGCGGGAGGGCAGUGCCCCAGAGAGAGGGUGUCUUCUUCCCCGGGUUCUCCUUCAGUGUCCCCUUGACUGGAAUUCUGGUGGAAUGGUCUGUGCACAGAGACCAAUCCAAAAGUCUUCUCUGAAGACCCCUCCUAUCACCCUAAACCCAGAGAGAAACUGAACUCCAGCUCUUCUGAAAUCAGCACAGCCCAAUGAUUGGUGGCCCUGGCUCCUAGGCUGGCUUGGGAAGGAAGGGUACAGAACCAUUCCUGGGUGGGAAUGGAGGACACAGGUUUUGGACGCCUAGAGCCCCAGUAGCCAGUGGCAGGAGCGAAAGGCAGUGCUGCAGUAAGGGCGGUCCCCUAAUCUCCAGGACUGCAGACUCCUGCGCCUUUGCCUCCGACACAGUUCCACUCACAUUUGCCUCACUUCGGUCGUCGCUUCCUUGGCAGUCAGCUCGGAUUUGUAGAGACGCCCACACACUCCCCGCCCCUGCAACCCCAGCCCAAGGGUGGUUGGGGUGGAGUGGAGGCCACCUCUCCCAGACUUCAUUCCCAUGGCCUGGUGUCCAGCGCUCCGGUCGCAUGAGGGUUAACCUCGUGGGGGUGGGGAUUCAUGAGCGGUCGGCAAAGGGAGGGAGGGGACAGGAGGCGACCCAAGGCGCGGGGAGCUGGCCGGCAGGCCUGGGUCAGGCCUCAGAGGCCGCUGGAGCCCCGUGUGUCGCAGGCCACCGGGCAACCACUGGGGUACACGCUGCGCGCUGCGAGGGGUCCACCGCAGAUCCCAGGCCCCAAACUUCAAGUCGGAAGGGGUGAGACGCUGGGCAUAAAGACAGGUGGCAACCUGUCUGGACGCUGCCCUCCUCCCUGAGGACCGCCACCUCCACCCUACUGAAUCUCAGCCCUUACUCCGGCCACUAUAUUGCCUUUGGCCCGUGAUGAAGCGGGGAGGCGGUGGUCCCACGGCGGCCCCAGAGGCCGAGCUGGGCGACGUGCCCCUGGUACUGCCGCGGCCCAGGGCCUGUCCCGCUGACGUGCGGCUCUGCGGCCACCUUCGGAAGCAGAAGUCCCAGCGCCGCCGCUUCUUCGUGCUGCGCGCUGAUCCGCCGAGCCUAGAGUGCUACGAGAGCGAGAAGAAGUUCCGCGCCGGCCGAGCGCCGCCCAAGCUCAUCGUGAGCCUGGCGGGCGCGUGCACCAUCAGCACGCGCGUGGACGCGCGCCAGCGCCACCUGAUCCUCCUGUACACGCGUGACCGCAGCCUGGGCGUGGCGGCGGCCUGCGAGGCGGAGCAGCAGGCGUGGUACAGCGCCCUGCUUGAGGUGCGCGCGGCCGCGGGUCCCAGCUUUCACGAGGACCCCAGGGCCUGGAUCCUUGCUCCAUUUCAGGACGUCUGGCCCGUGACGCUGCGGCCCAAGGGACUGGGGAGGACACGAGGCCUGGGCAGCGGCCGCUAUCGCCUGUGCCUGGGUUCGGGGGUGCUGAGCCUGCUGCGGAAGCCCAAGGGCAGAGGCUCUCGGGACACCCAGGCUUCGCCGCCGCCGGCCCUGCGCCUGUCGCUGCUCAGCGUGCGCCGCUGCGGCCACGCAGACUCCCUCUUCUUCCUGGAACUCGGCCGCUCGGCGCCCACGGGCCCCGGGGAGCUGUGGCUACAGGCGCCGGAUGCCGUGGUGGCCCAAAGCAUUCACGAGACCGUACUGGCCGCCAUGAAGCGACUCGGGGAUGAUGAUGCCGGUGGCAGGACUGAGCCACUGCCAAGGGAUCCCCCGACGAGUUCUUACAGACCCUCUGUCUCCCAACCUUAUGCGACCCUGGGCUCGGCAGCCCAAUCAAGCAGCCUGAGCCAUCGCGGGAGCGUGGGUGAGAGGAAGGAGAAAGCAACCCCUGAGACCCUGGCGGCGCUGGCGACUGCAGCUUCGCACCCUGGGGAAUUGGAGCGGGGCGGGGGCUACGUAGCCAUGGGAGCUGGGAGCAACUACGAGGCCAUGGGGGGUGGCCAAGCAGGUGGUUACAUGGUGAUGGCACCCCCGGGCCUUGCUGCGUUUGCCCAUGCCCCUCCCCAGGAGCAGCUCCAGGGGUGCGGGGGCACUGAAUACGUGCCCAUGAGCCACUUUCUGCCAGGGUCCUUUUCCUUGAGCUCCCUGCCCCGUUCCUAUACGCCCAGGCCCAGGAGGCCGGGACCUUCUUUCCAAGGCCCCCCUCCCGCCGUCGGGGAAUGUUGGGGACCGACAGGGGCUCAUCCCUGCUUGCAACCACCUUCGGAGCUUGCAGGAGAGUAUGUGUGCAUCAGGUACGUGGCCCCACACCACUUAGGAAUGAGCACUGCCAUACAAGACCCGGCCAAAAACCGCCUCAACUAUGUAGACCUGGACCUGGUCCCUCCAUUGGAGGCUCAAGGCGACACCCCGGGGUCCAGCAUUCACCACCCACACAGCUAUGCCCACAUCGACUUCCAGAACCUCAGGGAGGUUCGGGUGAGGAGACACAGGCAGCCCCCUCCAGUCUAGCUGACGGAUGGAUGGGGAGGAGGAGAGAGAAAACAGGACAAAUGCCUUCCUGCCAGCUCCCCUCAAUUCCUCCCCUCACCCUUCCAAACCUGGAGGGGCUCUUAGGCACCGCUGCCCCCCCCACCCCCCCACCCCCCCGCCCAGGACCUGUGACUUGCAGAGCUCUGAGCUGCCCUUAGGCCUAUUGCCCACUCUGCUCCUUCCAGAUGUGGUGCCUGGGGAAUCUUCAGGAAAAGGUUCCCCAAGAAGCUGGAUUCUUUUAACGGAUAAAAUUCUAGAGCCACCCUCCCCUCUUCCUGCCCACAAACCCCCAGCAAAGCCCUGAUCCUUUCUCUCCUGGCAGAGUUCCUGAAGCAUCACUCCAGAUUCCCAGGCUGGCUGACUUCUCUUACGUGGACCUGUUCCUCCCUACCUGCCUUGUGUCUCCUCCCAGCCAAAGAACUAAUCCCCAGCCCCAGGGCUGAACUCCUAGGACCCCAAAGCAAGAGGGCUGAAAGCACCAGGUACCUUCUCUCUACUGCUUCCCAAAAGUGCUGUGCCACCCCCUUACUCCCUGAUUUCCCUCUCUCAGCACCAGCCAUGUGUUCACACAAUCCUCCCUUCUAUGGAGCCUGGCAGAGCUGAUAGACUUCUUGCUUCCAAAUACUGUCUGGGGGACUGUACUGUGGAUCCCACACACACCCUGCCCUAUUAAAGGUGCCCUCCUUGGUCAGCCUGGAAA